AUGUCUCUCCAGCAAUUAUCCUGGCGAUGGAUAGCCCUAGUCGCCAUAUCGUGGGCAGCCAUCGCUCAGGCGCACAGCAUCAUCACCUACCCUGGUUAUCGAGGAGACAACCUCCACACAAACGGAACAGUGGCACAAGCAAAUGGACUUGGAAUCGCAUAUGACCCCGUCAACGGAUCACUCUACUACCCCUACGGAAUGGAGUGGGCCUAUCCAUGUGGCGGUAUGCCCACAUCAAAAAACCGCACGUACUGGCCUAUCGGUGGUGGCGCUGUCGCCGUCCAGCCCGGUUGGUUCCAGGGUCACUCGACGGCCCUGAUCUACAUCAACAUGGGCUUUGGCGAGGUCCCCGAGAACAUGAGCCACCCGGUUGUGCCACCCUUCCAAAUUGUCGGCCCUACGAACGACCCUUAUCCAGGCACCAUCUGCUUGACGCAGAUCCCUCUUCCGCAAGGAAUCAAUGUCAAGGUGGGCGACAAGGCGACCAUCCAGGUCGUCGAAGCUGCAAAACACGGCGCUGCUUUGUACAACUGUGUCGAUAUCAUCUUCGCCGAAAAUGGAGACUCGAAGAUCAAAGAAGUCACGGCUGACAACUGUUUCAACUCGAGCGAUAUCGGCUUCCAAUAUAUGUACACCACAACAGGGAUUGGGUCUGGAGCCGAGAUGCUCCAACCUCUGAGAGGGAUAUGGCUUGCAUUUAUACCAUUGUUGUUGGCGCUAUCGUUCUUGUAG